AUGCGCGAUUUGGUGAAAGCAUAUGAUGGAAAGCUUCCUAAGGGACCGGGCCCGAAUUAUGGAAAAUAUAUCUCCUACCUCCAGGAGCAAGAACAUGGCCUGUCCAUUGACUACUGGACAAAUUACCUCCAAGACGCCAUUCCAUGUGUCCUUCCCAAUAUGAACUACCGGGUUCUGAAUGGGGAAGCCCACCGAGAAAUCAAAAGGCUCGAUUUAGAAAUGGAAAAUCUGGCCAAGCUGCAACGAUUUUGCGCACAGGAAGGCAUCACCAUUUCGAAUAUGUUCCAGCUAGCUUGGGGUCUGACCCUGCGCUGCUUCAUAAAGACGGAUGAUGUCAGUUUUGGCUACCUCUCCGCUGGUCGGGACGUCGCCCUGGAUGAUAUAGAAGACGCGGUCGGUCCUUAUAUUAACAUGAUGAUCUGCCGGAUGGUUCUUGGGGGAGUCAAAACACUGAGAGAAGAACUUCAAUCCCUCCUAGCUAGUUUUGUCAAGAGUCAUGCCCACCAGUAUGCGCCUUUGGGUCAAAUACUUGGCGCCUUGAAACAGCCCGGUCCGCUAUUCAACACCCUCAUCUCUGUGCGAAGACCAUCCUCCGAUGGAGUCACUGACGCCUCACCACUCCGAUUGAAAAAUAUUUGGGAAGUCGACCCAACAGAAUAUAACCUUUCAGCCAACAUCUACGUCUCAAGCGCCUCCAUUCACAUCUCCAUGUCCUACUGGACCGACGUCUGCUCGGACGAACAAGCUGCGUGUUUUGCCAGCACCCUACAGAAGGCACUGAACACUAUCUCUGAGCACACAGACUCCACACCGUCGCAGCUUGAUCUAUUCAGUGAACGAAACUACUCACAGGUACAGAAGUUGAAUGCAAACGCACCCCAAAGGGUAGAGCAGUGCGCACACCACCUCGUUGACCAGCAAACCAAGGUACAGCCCCUGGCGCCCGCUGUGUGUGCCUGGGAUGGUGAUUUCACAUAUGGGGAGCUCGACCACCUCGCGUCUCAGUGGGCCGCGCAUCUGGCUCAAUACGGGGCGGGUCCAGAAAAGCUGAUCCCCGUCCACUUCGAAAAGUCAAAAUGGGCGGUGGUGGCCAUUCUGGCAGUGGUAAAGGCCGGGGCAGCAUUUGUCCUGCUCGAUUCCUCCUUUCCUCUGAAUCGGCUGCGCGAUAUCUGCGAGGAUAUCCAGGCAACGAUUUUGAUCUCGUCCGAGGCUCUGUUUGGCGUGAGCACACAGCUGGCCUCGUCUGUUACUGUAAUUGGAGACAGCACGAGAAGUCCGGGUACUCGAUUUGAGCCUCUAGUUCCAUCGGUCCUACCACCGAACGCACUCUAUGCUGUCUUUACUUCCGGUUCCACAGGCAAGCCCAAGGGAGUGGUUCUCGAGCAUUCAUCGUUUUGCACCAGUGCCAAAGCCCACGGGGCACUCUUUUCGCUCAGCACUUCCUCCAGAGUGUUGCAGUUCUCAUCAUAUGCAUUUGAUGUGAGUAUUUCAGAGCUGUUGACAACGCUGUGCUUCGGCGGCUGCAUAUGUGUCCCGUCGGAGGACGAGCGCCUCAACGACCUCACUGGCGUGGCUAACCGCCUGGCCAUCAACACAACCUUUCUCACUGCAUCUGUCUCGCGCCUCAUGGAACCCGAGCAGGUCCCCAACUUGCACACGGUAGUACUCAUAGGGGAGCCUAUGUCCGAGCAGGAGUUAGACAGGUGGGCGGACCAUUGCACUUUAAUCAAUUCGUACGGGCCGUGCGAAUGCUCCAUCUACACCACCGUACAGCCGCAUGUCAGUCGCCUGACGGACCCGCGCGAUAUCGGGUACGCCAUGCAGAGCCUUCUGUGGAUUGUUGACCAAAAUGAUCACAACCGACUGGCUCCUGUGGGUACCAUUGGUGAGCUGGUGAUUGAGGGGCCAUUGGUGGGAAGGGGGUAUCUAAGGAAUCCUCAAAAGACGGCCGAAGCUUUCAUCCAACCGCCACAGUGGCGAUCGCGCUUCCCCGUCAGUGUGGGCGGGGGCUUUUACAAGUCGGGUGACCUGGUGCGGUACGGGCCGGAAGGUACCAUACACUUCGCGGGUCGCAAGGACUUUCAGGUCAAGAUAAACGGACAGCGUCUGGAGCUAGGGGAAAUUGAACACCACCUGCGGAUAUGCUUGGGACGGUCUAUCGACGUGCUGGUCGACGUCGUGUACUUUAACCAGCCCUCUGACCACCCGACCCUGACGGCCUUCUUCAAAUCACGUAAGGCACGGGCGACGGAAGCCUCUAUCUUCAUGGCGGAUGUCCCUUCGAUGAUUGCGAGCCUGAAAUCCCGCCUCCGGGGCUCUCUCCCUCAAUACAUGGUGCCCCAGGUGUAUAUCCAGCUGGAGGACUUUCCCGCGGGCAAUACCAACAAGAUUGACCGGGCCAAACUUCGUGAGAUGGCACUCAUGAUGCGCCAGAAGGACAUGGCAGGAGAAUCCGAGAAGAAAAGGCAGCCACGUAACGAGGGGGAGAGAAAAAUCCAGAGGCUCGUGGCAAAUGUCCUGAAUCUGUCUCUUGAUCAAGUCGGUCUCGACGACAAUUUCUUCAUGCUCGGCGGCGAUUCCGCCUACGCUAUGAAGCUCGUUUCAGCCGCAAGAGCAGAGGCUCUCCACCUAUCCGUAAAGGAUAUUCUGCUGCAGCCCCUGCUGGAGGGCCUGGUCGGCUCCGAGAACCAGCCCGAGCCGCCUGAUGUCAAUUCCAGUGCGACACCCAUUACGAUGCACACUUGCGGGCUUCUAGACAUCGAAAAUGCCGAGGAAUUUAUACGCGAAACCAUUGCCCCAAAGACCGCCUUUACUGCAGACAAAAUUCUUUAUGUGCUUCCCACGACUGAAUUCCAGGCAGAUAGUAUCCGCAACUGGCCGUUCACCUACUUCCUGGUCACCAUGCAUGGUCCCCUUGACAAAAUGCGUCUUCGGAACGCAUGCAAGAUUUUGAUUGAACGGCAUGAGAUAUACCGCACAGUAUUUGUUGCCGACGGACCCGACAUACUCCAGGUCGUUUUGAAGCAGGUCGAUGUGCCUUUCUUGGAGUUCCCGACUGACAGAGAGAAAGACUUGUCCGCCUUGUGCGAGAGGGUCUGUCGCGCGGACUCGGACCGCGGCGUACCACUAGGACAGCUCCUCACCAAAUUCACCCUCUUUAGUCAGGAAGAUCCAAAUUACCACAUCCUCGCUCUUCGGCUCUCCCACGCACAAUAUGACGGAUAUUGUAUGCCUUUGCUGUAUACGGACCUGGCAGCCAUAUACGAGGACAGGUCACUUGAGCUUGUGACAAAUUUCUCAACUUACGUUCGUCAUCUCAAUGCGCAGGGCCCCUCCAAGGCACGCCACUUCUGGACGGAAACUCUCAAGGGCUGCCCUCAUCCGACAAGCCUGGGCCGACUGUCUCUGGGUACAGCUGAUAAUGCUCAUUAUUCCUUGAUAGAAUUGACCAAGGAGGUAGCGCUCCCCAGCCCGCCCACCACAAUCACAAUUGCAACCCUUAUGAAGGCGGCAGCGGCGCUGCUCUUAAUGCAACUGACGAGUGACACCGACUUGGUCUUUGGCCAGGUAGUAAGUGGGCGCAACAUAGGUCUUGCAGGCGUUGAAAGUAUCCUUGGCGUAUGUGCGAACACUGUGCCUAUUCGCGUUCAAUGUCAGCCAAAGUGGACAGUGUUCGACCUCCUUCAGACUGUGCAAGCCCAGCACAUCGAUGCUCUGGACCACGAGACCCUGGGUCUAGAGGAGAUCCGACAGAACUGUACCGAGUGGCCGGAGGGCACUCAGUUGGGAUGUCUGAUCCAGCAUCAAAAUUUGGACCUUAAACCCAAGUUUUCCCUGUCUGAGGUUAAGUGUACGACCCGGGUGUUUGGUGGCUCGUUCGAGCGAAAGUUCCUGCACAUAUGUACUCUCCCCCGCGGAAACAGGAUGGUAGUCCAGAUCUUCGCGCCAAGUAACCUACUCAGUAAGGCCCAUUGCGAAAGGGUGCUCGAUCAGCUGUGUGAGGCAGCGUUUUGGCUUGCUGCUCACCCUUAUCACUUGCUCUCAGAAGGUCGGAAUCCUUUCAUCACAAAUUGA